CUCACCUUUAUCUUUCGAUAUAAAACUGACCUGUGCAGCUUUGUUUGAGAUAAUCAGCAGUCAGCAGACUGUACAGGAUAAAGACCUAGCUACUAUAUAGCUUGGUUCUUUAUCAUUGUGGAAACACACACUGUUAUCUAUACAAAUGCUUCUUUGGGAGGAGUAAAACAAUGGAGGAGAACAACAAUGUCACUGGGAUAUCGAUCAAACCACUCCCACCUCUUGAUACCUUGUCCCGUAAGGAACUGAGUGACUUAGUCUCAAUAGAGCUGACCGAUACAAGAUACAGUACCAGGAGACGCUCAUCGUUACACGAAAAGAGAGAGACCCUAACUUGCUGUACGUUUAGCAAUCGUUCGAAAGCCUACAAAAAUCUUUUAGGUACCAGUGCUUCAUUCGUUGCGGUUUUUGGAUCGUAUUUGGGUAUCUUAGGUCUACAAAGCUCAAUAAAUUCAGAAGCUGGUCUUGGCCUAGCUUCAUCUGCUAUUAUCUAUGGGACGCUCAUAAUUGCCUGUUUCUUUGGGCCUGGGAUGGUAAAACUCUUGGGUACCAAAUACUCCCUCAUUACUGGCUACAUAUUAUUUUUUUGUUACACUCUCUGUAACUAUUACCCAUCCUGGUACACUCUAGUCAUUGGUGCCAUUUUGAAUGGUAUCGGGCAAGCCCCACUAUGGAUUGCUGUUUUUGGUCACCCCAUAGCCAUAGCGAUACUAUACUGUAAAGACCUCAAAGAGACCCCAAGGCAUGCCAUAGCUUUCUUCACAGGGAUCAUAGCUGCGUCCAUAAAACUUGCUCAAAUAUUUGGAAGUCUCAUAUCCUCCAUAAUAUUAGUGAAUGUGGACAGCACGGAAAACAAUGGAGCAGCAAACCUUACCAAUACUUCAACAAACAAUGGAGAAUGUGUUGAUACAUUUGGUCCUCCUAUUGAGCCAGGCCCUAUAUACUACACAUUGAUUUCUGUGUAUGCUUUGGCUGGUAUUAUUGGAACUAUAAUAGCAGCUGUGUUUCUUGAUCAUUUGGGUACCGAAAAGAAGUAUCUCUCUGCAGGACAGAUGUGUAAAGUGUACGUGGGGGAGAAUUUUUUGCUCGUCGUGAAGACUUUCUUCAAUUGGAAGUAUCUCCUGAUAAUGCCAUGGAUUAUUUUGAAUGGAGUCAUGCUUGGAUUUAUCACCGGCACAUUCCCAAAGGUGUACAUAUUGGACUGUGUUGGUAUACAGUGGAUUGGUUUUGUACUAGCAGCCUAUGGUGUGGGUGGUGUAUUCUCUUCAGUAUUUACUGGACGCAUAGUUAGAUUCAUACCACAGUUCAUUGUAGCUUAUGCUGCCCUGAGUCUCUCGUUUGCUCUAGUGAUGAUCCUCCUGUUCUGGGAGAGACAGCCUAACUUUGUGUUUCUCUUUGGGUUUCCUAUCGGAUGGGGAAUAUGUGAGAGUGUCUACAACUCAAUAUCUCCAGCACUACUAAGCCAGUGGUUUCAAGACAAAGAGCAUGAGGCUGCACUUAGUCUGCUACAAGUCUCCAUCGCAAUCGGAUUUAUAAUUAGCUUCGUGGGUGGGAUAUACCUAAACACAGAAACUAGACUAUGGAUAAUAACAGCAUUCAUACUAUUGUCUUCCGUCACGUACACGCUUGUGUUCUUCCUUACAAGCUGUAACAAGCAGCAACUCCUACCAUGCCUUUAUGGAGGGGAGGUAGGUGAGACAGAGAGUGGAACAGAGCAAAGAGAGGAAGAAGAUGUCAUACAAGACUAUGAGGUGACUGAUAAUGGCUCUCCUUGGAACAGGUUUAAUCCAUUGAGUACCAGGCCUAGUAUAACUGUUAGAGACUCACAUGAAAUUGAAGAGAAGAAGAAGGAAAUUGAGGCAAGAGAGGAUGAAGAGGGGAUGAGAAAUGGCUCAUCACGUUUGAGAAAUUUCAAGCAAUCUAGUGUGUAAAUAAAUUUUUUUUUUGGAAAAUCAAUUUUCUACAUAAUUUGUUAAUUGAUACUUAAGUUAUUUUUACUUUGUCACUUGUUGAUAAAGAAACUUUGUAUGAUUAUAAAUAAUUAAUAUUUAUUUGCAAUUUCAAUAGUAAUAAGUUAUA